CUGUUGGAACGUGCCACACGCGGUUUGAUACAACAACACUCAGUUCUAUAUAAAUGGUGACGCGUCCUCUUUCAAUUCACAUUCCCAUUUAUCAUUCUCUCAAUUCUUCAGAUCUCUCUCUUCCUUCUUCCAAUCUCAACCAAUUCCUUAACUAAGGUUACUGAGAAAAAAUGGUGAAGAUUUGUUGCAUUGGAGCUGGCUAUGUUGGUGGUCCAACAAUGGCUGUGAUUGCUUUGAAGUGUCCUGAGAUUGAGGUAGCUGUUGUUGAUAUCGCCACGCCUCGAAUCAAUGCUUGGAACAGUGACCACUUGCCUAUAUAUGAGCCUGGUCUUGAUGAUGUGGUGAAGAAGUGCAGAGGAAAGAACCUUUUCUUCAGCACUGAUGUUGAGAAACAUGUUGCCGAGGCUAACAUCGUGUUUGUUUCGGUGAACACUCCGACCAAGACUCAGGGUCUUGGAGCUGGCAAAGCAGCUGAUCUCACUUACUGGGAGAGUGCUGCUAGAAUGAUUGCUGAUGUUUCAAAAUCGGACAAAAUUGUCGUCGAGAAAUCGACUGUUCCGGUUAAAACUGCUGAGGCAAUUGAGAGGAUUCUGACUCACAAUAGGAAAGGGAUUAAUUUCACUAUUUUGUCUAACCCUGAGUUUCUUGCCGAGGGUACAGCUAUCAAAGAUCUGUUCAAUCCCGAUCGAGUUCUUAUUGGAGGUAGGGAAACCCCUGAAGGUCAAAAAGCGAUCCAUGCUUUGAGAGAUGUUUAUGCUCAUUGGGUGCCGUUAGAUCGAAUCCUUUGCACCAAUUUGUGGUCUGCUGAACUAUCAAAGCUUGCUGCCAAUGCUUUCUUGGCACAGAGGAUCUCCUCUGUAAACGCCAUGUCAGCACUAUGUGAGGCAACCGGUGCUGAUGUUUCUCAGGUUUCCCACUCAAUCGGCACUGACUCGAGAAUUGGACCAAAGUUCUUGAAUGCUAGUGUUGGUUUUGGUGGAUCUUGCUUUCAGAAGGAUAUUCUGAACUUGGUCUAUAUUUGCGAAUGCAACGGCCUUCCCGAGGUGGCUAACUACUGGAAACAAGUCAUUAAGGUGAAUGACUACCAGAAAGCUCGGUUCGUGAACCGAAUUGUUUCUUCGAUGUUCAACACCGUUUCAGGAAAAAAGAUCGCUGUUUUGGGAUUUGCUUUCAAGAAGGACACCGGUGACACCAGGGAGACUCCUGCAAUCGAUGUGUGCAAGGGUUUAUUGGGAGACAAGGCUAAGUUGAGCAUAUAUGAUCCUCAAGUUUCUGAAGAGCAAAUCUUAAAGGAUUUGGCAAUGAAGAAAUUUGAUUGGGAUCAUCCUGCUCAUCUUCAACCAACAAGUCCAACAACUUCGAAAAAGGAAGUAUCUGUUGUUUGGGACGCGUACGAGGCAAUAAAGGAUUCACAUGGUAUCUGCAUUUUGACCGAGUGGGACGAGUUCAAGAACCUUGAUUACCAAAAAGUUUUUGACAACAUGCAGAAGCCUGCAUUUAUCUUUGAUGGAAGGAAUGUUGUCGAUGUUAAAAAGCUGAGAGACAUCGGUUUUAUCGUUUAUUCCAUUGGAAAACCACUAGAUGCUUGGCUCAAGGACAUGCCUGCAGUGGCUUAAAGAAGAAAAAAAAUCACAAUCUGGAAUUGCUUAGGGAUGAAUUUGUUGGUCUUUUUCAGAGAGAGGAGGAUGUAUUGCCUCAUCUGAUCUACAUUAUCAUGCUAUUAUUCUUAUAGCUUAGAUAUAUAUAUAUUUCUGUUGUUGUUUAUUUCAUCUAUGUUACUUUGAUUUUAUGAGAUUUUGGUGGCAAGUUAGAGCUUAAUUGCCCAAAUAUUACUAUUGUCUUUUAGCUUAACAAAAUAUCCUUAUUUUUUGUUUGACAUGGUUUAAUGUAAUAAAUUGGAGGUGAAGGAAAUUUUAUACAAUGGAUAUCAUUUCUUUUAUGUA